AUGCUGCGUUCCGUCACCCUCGACACCUACUUUCAUCGGGCGGCGCUCCGGAACAUAUGCACCCAACGAUCGCCCGUCGACGACUUCCUUCCCCAAGCGAGCGAAAUUAUCCCGGGCUUGUACGUCACAGAUCUCUACACCGCAACGUCCCCGGCCACCCUCCAGCAGCUCGGCAUCACGCACGUCGUCUCCGUCGUCCGGCGACCGCGCCACCGGUAUCCCCCAUCGAUCGCGCACCUGUGCGUCCCAGUAGAGGACAAGUCAGAGGAGAGCCUCCUCGCCUACCUCGACGACGCCGUCCGGUGGAUCGCGCACGCCCGCGCGCAAGCCGGCAGCAGGGUGCUCGUGCACUGCGUGUGGGGCAUGUCCCGGAGCGCGAGCGUCGUCGCCGCGUUCCUCAUCAGCACGCUGCGCCUCUCCCUCGACGACGCGCUCCGGGUGCUCCGCGCGCGGCGCCGGGUGGCACGCCCCAAUCCCGGGUUCGCGGCGCAGCUGAGGAUCUACGAACGCGUGGCCCGGCUACGCGAGAGGGCCGAGCUCCUGCACUCUCAACGAUAG